UGUGUUUUUAAUGAUGAUGUGAUUUUGAUUAUCUGUUUUACGAAAGAAAUAUUCAAAGUUAAAAUUUGGGUAGAAUAUCUAUGUAUUUUCUGCAGCAUGGCGUGCAAUGGGGUGUAACAUCCUAAAUCACUGACUAAUGUAGAUGUUUUCUACGCCCAUGCAUUAUUUUCACUUCUUCUCAAUAUCCAUAACUGCACCUGUUUUCCUGGAAAAGUAUGUUCCUGUUGAGAACAUUUGAUAUCCAUCACCUCUCAGGGAAUGACCUCCUCUGCUGUGUAGGAGCUGCUCUUUUGCUAGGCAGAUCUGGAUGUAAUUGUGUUUUAUCACUGAGUGGAGAUCUCAUUCAAUGGGUUUUCAUUAUUUUUAUAUUAUAAGCUCAUAAAAUAAGUUUUUUGAAUGAUUUGGAUAAAAUAUCACGGCAAGUCGGGGGCACGGUGGCUUAGUGGUUAGCACGUUCGCCUCACACCUCCAGGGUUGGAGGUUCGAUUCCCGCUUCCGACUUGUGUGUGUGGAGUUUGCAUGUUCUCCCCGUGCCUCGGGGGUUUCCUCCGGGUACUCCGGUUUCCUCCCCUGGUCCAAAGACAUGCAUGGUAGGUUGAUUGGCAUCUCUGGAAAAAUUGUCCGUAGGGUGUGAGUGCGUGAGUGAAUGAGUGAGUGUGUGUGCCCUGCGAUGGGUUGGCACUCCAUCCAGGGUGUAUCCUGCCUUGAUGCCCGAUGACUCCUGAGAUAGGCGCAGGCUCCCCGUGACCCGAGGUAGUUCGGAUAAGCGGUAGAAAAUGGAAUGGAAUGGAAUCACGGCAAGUCCCAGCUGAAAGAAGCAUUACAGAUACAAUAUGCCGUUAAUGACAACCCCUGAUGUCAUCUACUGAAGAAUAUCUCAACCAAAAUUGUAAAAGAUGCCAAUACUUGCUGAAGCUUUAAGCUUACAAGCUGAAACCGCUUCAGACGUCAAGGGAGGAUCAACAAGACUGUACAUGAGAGCGUAAGAACACAGAACCCUCUGGAAACAUGAGUGUGAAUGAACAACAUGUCAGGUCUUUUGGGACCAGCAAUGAAGAAUGCUGUAGGGAAGUCAGAAACAACAACAGACAUGCCGAGAAAUCCCUGGAUGGAGAUGCUAAUGCUAAUGAAAUCCAGAAGGUGGAUGGAGGAACUUUGGUGGUUGUUGGCACCUCGUCUUCUAUGGGAUAUCUUGCAGAGGAACAGGUGAAGAUUGUUAUCCAGUGCACAGAUUCCCCAUGUGAAGACCCAGAGCUCGCUGAAUUUGAGAUGCUGGAGAGUCAAGAACUAGAGAAUGAGGAUAAGAACACCAGUCCUAAAGAUGUCAAGAUGGGUCCCUUAUCCAAAACAAUUACUGAAACAAAUGAGCAAGAUUCCACUCUUUCCCUUCAGUCAUCGAGCAAAGAAAUUUUGACCAGCAGUGCUCAGACAGAGGUUAACUCUGAGAAUGAUAUUUUUGAGUCUUGCUUUUCCACAAUGUCCAGUCUUGGAGAGAGUUUUGCUAGUGCUCAGGACCACAUCAGUCGAACCCAGAGCUCCACUUCAUGGCACGCUUCCUCAGGACUGUACCGGAUUCUGUCUGAGGACCUUACCCUUGCCUCACAGUCAUGUUUGUCCGAUAAAAGUCAAAGCACCCAGCACAAAGAUGCCAUGCAUCAACAUCCAGGAAAAAAUACAAUGUACAUGGGAAGUGUUGAUCUAAAUCUCAAUGCUAUCAUUUUGCCUGAGGAACCUCUUUUAGAAGCACAACAACAUCAACAAGCCACAGAUUUUCUAACAUGUAAGAGUUCAGGUCAGUCGAUAGAUGGCAUGUGUGAAUGUAGCAUUGUAGGGAUAAAAAAUGUCGGAAAUGAAUCAGGAAGUGCUGGUCAGGACAAUGCAGGAAAAUCUGGAGUGCCUGUUAUGACAGAAGGCAAGGAUUCAAACUUGAAGAAAAUAUAUACUGAGACAAAUUCUUGCCAUCCGGUGAUACCAGAAGACAGAUCUUCUUGUGACAGAAAGUACUCCCAUGAUUGUAUUGAUGAUAGAAAGACUAAAUUUGAAUCCUUUCAUGGGGAAUCAUCUGAUAUGAAUUUAAAUCCCUCACAACCAACCAACUCUGGUGACUGUGAACCCCAACCGUACAAGAAGCAAGCGUCUUUUGAAAAAACACGAAGUUCAUCCAGUUUGGAAAGGAGGAAACCCUGGGGCAGCCCUUAUCGCCACGAGACACCUCAGUCCCCUAAACCCACAAGUUCACCUAGAAAACAGCCACCAGCCUCACCAGCAAGAACAAUCAGCACAAGAGAGUCAAGUCAAGAACGUAGUGAGACUUUCCAGAAGGGAAUCAGCAGUCUGAAGCAACCAAGUAAAAGCUUCCUCAGAAGUAGUAGUAGCAGUAGCAUCCCAAAACCUUCCCUUCCUCAACAACCCCGAACAGAGUCUGAACGUAACAAGUCCUCUCCACCCCAGAAGCCCAAAAACGUCAGACCAAAAAUCAUCACCUAUGUUCGUAAGAACCCUCAGGUAAAGCCAAUGUCUGAAGGUCCUUAUGAAGUAUCCACACUACCGCCCAGACUUACACCAUACGUCAGCUCUCCUGCCCCAAAGGAGCCAAAGCCUGAGAGUGCCAGAGGUUCACCUGUGUCGAGUUCAUCGAAUAUUCUUUGUGACCUGUAUCGGCAAGACUCACAGAGGUCGGGGUACUACUCCCCUCCAGGAGUAUCUGGAAUCAGACCACCUAGUCACAAUGUCUCACAUAAACUAAUGGGCAAAUCCGAUAAUUUCCAUGGGGAGCUUCCAGAUGAAUCCUUACAUGAGGGUGGCAAAGGGGCUCAGACGAGUACCUAUGAUGCUGCUGGUGUUUUCCGAUUUCCCAGAGCCCUAAGGCCUCAGCUGGGGCUCGGAGCCGUCACCAGACAGCCUGCUGCUAAGAACAGGAUGGUAUUACCAGGUCAAAGGUCAGCAUCACCCCUGAGUUAUACGGCUCCAGCUGGUCAGGCUCCAAGCAGUCACCAGGAACCUGCAGUGGAUCAGAAGAGGCUGGCGUCAGGUAUGAUCCCCAAAUUUAUGCUCCCCAAACCAGGACAGUCUGGACUGCGUCCCCCCGGCUUCUCACACCUGCCUCCGGGCCGACUGGCUGCCUUUGGAUUCGUGCGCAGUGCAAGCGUGUCUUCUGUAUCCAGCAACCAAUCAAACGACAGCACACACAGUGACCCCUGCCAAUCCAGCCGUCCAAACAGUGGUAGUGAAGACACCCUCGUCUCUUAUUCUCCUCUCCCCUCCACUGAAAGCAGGAGUCCUCACCGCGGCAGCCCCCAGCCCCCCACCCGCCGUUCUCUGCUCCUGCCCCCUCGCGGCUCGCCCGUGGGCUCUAGAAGAGACUUUCAGAGAGAUGAAAUCACACGCCCCAUUGUUUGGUCUCCGAAGAGGUUUGCUGUGAUCUCUCCCAAGCCUCAGUCCCCUGUGCGUCAGAAGUCAUGUGUGGCUCGUCUGGGUGGGCGUGUGGAGGGUGUGGAUGCUGAGAGGGAACGGCUGAUGGUGCAGAAGCUGAGAGAGCGAUGUGAGGAUCAGGCCAAGCAGCUGAUCUCCCUGCAGGAUGAGCUCCGAAAGUCCUCACGGUGUCUGGAUGUGUUCACCAUCACUACACAACACUUCUGCCUGAAGAGCGAGAGUGCUGCAGUGAAAGAGAGGGAGUUAUCCCUGCAGUUAGCCAGGUUCAGGGAUGAAGUGGUGGUCAGUGUUCAGAGGUGGGAGCGUCUGCAGGGUGAGAAGGUUCAGCUGGAGCAGAGUUUUGAGCGGGAGCUGAAGGGACUCCAAGAGGAGCAACAGAAGGAGCUCAAGGCUUUGCAGGAGAGACUUCUAGAGGAGCACAGCGCUGUGAUACAGCGACUCCGCCAGGAGCAGAGGAGCCACCUGGAGCUUCUCCGCACCCAGCACCAGGAACAGAUCGAGGAGAUGAGUGAAAGUCAUGAGACGGCCCUCACAGAGAUGGAAGCGACUCAUAGUGCGGCUCUGGCUACUCUACAAGAGGAACAUAACAGAACCGUCAAGAACCUCAAGAUGGCACAUGAACAACAGAAGAAAUCGAUGGGAGAGGAAUUUGAGAAGCUUAGACUCUCACUGCAGGAUCAGGUGGACACAUUGACAUUUCAGAACCGCUCUCUGAGAGACCGGGCCAAACGUUUUGAAGAAGCUCUACGCAGAAGCACAGAUGAACAGAUGGUGGAUGCUCUUGCACCCUAUCAGCACAUCGAAGAGGAUCUGAAGAGUCUAAAGGAGGUUCUGGAGAUGAAAAAUCAACAGAUUCACCAACAAGAACUCAAGAUUUCAGAGCUUGAAAAACUGGCCCAAAAGAAUGUCCUGUUGGAGGAGCGCAUUCAGGUGCUACAGCAGCAAAAUGAAGAUCUAAAGGACAGGAUUGACCGCAACCUUGCCAUGUCCAGGCAACUGUCAGAGGAAAACGCAAAUCUGCAGGUAUACGUAGAGAAAGAAAGCAAUGAGAAGAAGCGGCUAAGUCGCAACAAUGAAGAGCUUAUGUGGCGUCUGCAGACGGGCGAGUUGAGCCCUCGAAUGUCUCCCACCCAGUCGCCCCUCCAUCGACCGGCAUCUAGCCCAGCUUCACCCUCCCGAAUGCAGACCUUCCCUAGAUGAGUCAAAUGGCUUUCCACCUCUCGUACUCUCUUUUACACUUCAUUUAAUUAAUGUCACUGUCUACAGCUCACAUUUCACAUCAUUCUCAUCGGAUUAAUCAGAACAUGCUCCACAUACACCAGAGAAUGUGGUGACCACAUGUUCUUGUUCAUCCCACCACUGAGUGACAUACCUCAACUGAAUGUGGGGAUUUAUUGUUCAGUUUUACUUUAUUUGUUGGACAAUGCUAUUUAUAUAUCUAUUCUUACUGAAUAGGGAUGGAGGUCAUAUAAUAAUUACAUUAGAGCUGGGUGUAUUAUAUACAAAUCUGCCAUUUAAGACUUUUUUGGAAGCAUAACUUGCUUCUUGACGUUUGCUUCAGGGAUGUACUACAAGAGUGAUCUUGACUUUGCUCUAUAAAUGUUCAGUUCACAAAUUCCCUUCAUCAUUAGUAACAGGGCAAGCACAUUAAUGCUUGUAUAGUAGUUGUUAAUGUGCAAACCCCUGCAUUUGAACAGAAGAAGGACAGUAUUCUUUUUUUACUUACUGUAUCCAUCAGUCUCAGUAUGAUGUUUGGCAGACAGUUUUAAAUCUUUUUCUAGUGUCGGUUGCAAUGGAUCAGGCUUGAGAUUUUCUGUUUAUACAGUACAUCACGGUGCUUGUUCUUCAGUGUUUGCCUACAAUCUCAAGCUUUCCAAAGCUUGAUCAGGAGAACACAUCAACCAGGAAUAACUUCCUCCACUUUGCCUUUUCAAAGCAAAGCCGCUCACCAGCAACCUUCUGUGGAAGCCCAGACAUUACUCAAUAACUCAAAUGCAACUGACAGAAUAAUACAGGAAGAUUUGGAAAGGCAAAUGUCAAUGACUUGCAAUGUAUUUUUAAUUCAUUAUAAUUAUCAAUUAUUGCAUUUAUUCUGUCAUUUCACAACAUUUAACAUGAUUUCAGGUGACAGCUAUAAGGAUGUUAAAAUUACACUUUUCUGCAAAACAGCCAUGUUCAAUGCAUGCCUUGUCGCUUUUCUGAGGAAGAACGAUUAUCAUGCCUUCAUCAAACUCGCCUUCUUUACAGAAAUCUCUAGAAUGCAUUAAUGUCAUAAAACUGCCUGUGAUCUUGGCUCUUUAUAUCUUCCUACACUGUACAGUAUGUAUCAAAAGUCUUCCGGUUGCUUUGACCCAGAUAAUAUGCUUAAACUUAAUUUGCGCGGACACCACUGAGGGCAUUUGUUCUAUGUUUAUAGAGGUUUGUGCGUGAUAUUCACAAAAAAAAACAUUUGCAAAAGAAUAGUUCAAGUUGAACAGUUCAACCGAUCAUCACAUUUGAGUUUGACAUUAAAAUGCUUAAGGCGUCUUUAAUGUCAAACCCUGGAUGUCUAGACGUUUAACCGUUCAUGUAUCAGCACUUGAAACAGAAUACAAAGAGUUACUGUAAAUAACUAAGUUAUAAUCUUCCUCAUGAAUGUCUCAUUACAGAUUGUCGUGAGUGGAUAACAUUCUGUCCUUGUUUAUCUUAAUUUGUGGUCCAAGUGUGCUUGUUAGUGCAUCUAUUGGUGAUUUGACCAUAACGUCAUUAUCAAUAGUUUACUUUUCCUCAGCAUUUACAGGAUAUAAAAAUGAUUCCAUUUCAUUUUAAUGGUUAAUUUAAACAUGCAAACACCUGAAUGUUUGCGUUACUAGGAAGUUCCAUUACCUCCUGUCACACUCAGAGAUGUUUCUCAGGUGUAUAAUGUGUCAUAGUAUGUUAUUGUAAGACUUUACAUUAGACUGAAUAAACAGUAAAAUACGCUGACCCACAAUAGGCGUGACAAUAUGUGACCCUGGACAACAAAACCAGUCGUAUGGGUCAAUUUUUCGAAAUUGAGAUGUUUAUAUAAACUAAAAUAUGAAUAAUUAAACUUUCUAUUGAUGCAUGAGUUGAUAGAAUAUGACAAUAUCUGGCUGAGAUACAAACUUUUAAAACUCUGGAAUCUGAGAGUGCAAAAAAAAUCUAAAUAUUGAGAAAAUCGCCUUAGAAUUUGUUAAUCAGGGGCACUGUGGCAGGUCAUCCACUCACUAAAAUAAAGUUUUUAUAUAUUUAAGGUAUGAAAUUUACAAAAUAUCUUCAUGGAACAUGAUCUUUACUCAAUAUCCUAAUGAUUUUUGGCAUAACAGAAAAAUGAAUAAUUUUGACCCAUGCAAUGUAUUUUUGUCUUUUACUAAAAAUGUUCCCAUGCUACUUAAGACUGGUUUUGGGAUACAGGGUCACAUAUAAGAGUUUGCAUUACCGUAAUACUACAUUUUUGAAUGUAUUUCACUCCUAAACAUAUAGCAAAUAAACUCAAAGCUCUUAAUGAAACACUGAAAUAUAAAAUCAACUACCUGUCCUGCAAGAAAAAAAAGGCUCCGCUUUGAUCGCUCUGCUUGGAUUAUUCAGAUCUUCGCUUUUGAAAUAUAACUGAAAUAAAUCAGUUUCUGAAAUGCACUGAUUUUUCUUUUCUUGUGUGUGUCCCAUGGACAUAAUGAUAAAGUUUCUGAAUGUUUCAUCCUAUUCCUAAAUGAAAUACAAACUUCUAUCAGUUACCUGAUGUUAAAAGGUGAAGUGUGUAAUAAUUAGAAAGUCAAAUAUUUCCUAUUGUAUCUGCUUAAUAUGUCGAGGAUAACUUUGAAGCCAUCUGUAGGUUGAUUUUCCUGAAAGGUGUAAACAUGUGUCACGCUGUGUUGCUUUCAGAACAUUGCUCUGUUUGUUUGAGCAUCCUGACCAGCCCAAAAUAGCAACAUUGGCUGAACCAAUGAGUUGUAUCUGUAUGACUGACCAAUGGCAUAUUGAAGAGGGGUUACACACUUCUCCUUUAAGGAUGUUUCAUACACUCUUGAAGAUAAAGGUGCCUUUUAAGAGUGUAACAUGCAUUGUAUGUCAAGGAAAUUUCCUCUCUGUUACUUCUAAUUUGUUUUGAAUAACUUUUAUGAGCUUAAUGUGUGAACCGUUACAACACGUUACUGGAAAAGCAUGUCUUAAGGCUGUGAUAUUAUUUGUUUUGUUCCAACCUUAGUGUAUUCCAAGUGAUCCAAGUGUUAGUGUAUCUUACCUCACUAUUGUGAUGCAUUGAAAAGCUUUUAGCUUGCACUUCAGGUUUGAGUAUUAAAAGACAAUGUAAAUA